ACAGACCGGAAGCGCUCGUCCUGCGCGUGCGCGUGCGUCGUGCGUGGGGCUGCUCGGCAGCAUGUUUUUACGUUCUGCAUAAGAGCGUAUUUGUUUUGAUUUUUGUGUGGAAAACCAAAUUUGCUUCAAAAUGUUGGUGUUGUUCGAAACUCCGGCGGGAUACGCAAUCUUCAAGCUCCUUGAUGAAAAGAAGCUCAGUCAAACAGAAAACCUGUACCAUGAUUUUGAAACGCCUGAGGCGGCCAGUAAAGUGGUCAAGCUCAAACACUUCGAGAAAUUCCAAGAUACAACAGAAGCUUUGUCUUGCACUACAGCUGCAACGGAAGGAAAAGUGUCAAAAAUGCUCAAAAAAAUGCUGAAGAAGCAAGUUGCUGCUGCUGGUAUUCAGGAUCAGCUUCUUGUAGCCGAUGCCAAGCUCGGAAACGCUAUUAAGGAGAAGCUGUCUGUGUCUUGUGUGUCAAACACAGCAGUGCAAGAACUCAUGCGCUGUAUUAGGUCACAAUUGGACGGUCUCUUGGCUGGUUUGCCCAAGAAAGAAAUGACUGCAAUGGCCCUUGGUCUUGCCCACAGUCUUUCCCGUUACAAGUUGAAGUUCUCACCCGACAAGAUUGACACCAUGAUUGUUCAGGCUGUGUGUUUACUUGAUGAUUUGGAUAAGGAGCUCAAUAACUACAUUAUGCGGUGCAGAGAGUGGUAUGGAUGGCACUUCCCCGAGUUAGGAAAGAUUGUCACAGACAACACAGCAUUUGUUAAAACUGUGAAGCUCAUAGGAACCAGGGAAAAUACAUCAUCCACAGACUUAUCAGAUGUACUGUCUGAGGAUUUAGAAGCCAGAGUGAAAGAAGCUGCAGAAAUUUCCAUGGGUACUGAAAUUUCUGAUGAUGAUAUUUCUAAUAUUCAUAGACUUUGUGAUCAGGUCCUUGAAAUUUCAUCAUACCGUAGUCAGUUGUAUGAUUACUUGCGUACCAGAAUGAUGGCAAUUGCACCUAAUUUAACAGUGCUUCUUGGUGAUCUUGUAGGUGCUCGUCUUAUUUCCCAAUCAGGUUCCCUCAUCAAUUUGGCCAAAGCACCAGCAUCUACUCUUCAAAUUCUAGGUGCUGAGAAAGCUUUAUUCAGAGCCCUGAAAACCAAGAAAGACACUCCCAAGUAUGGUCUCAUCUACCAUUCGUCACUUGUAGCUACAGCCUCUGCGGCCAACAAGGGCAAGCUAUCUAGAAUGCUAGCUGCCAAAGCAUCUCUGUGCACCAGGCUGGAUGCCUUGGGGGAGGACAGUACCUUAGAGUUGGGAGCAGAGCACAAAGUUAAAUUGGAGUCUCGCCUCAGGUUAUUAGAGGAAGGCAAUUUGCGAAGACUGUCUGGCACAGGCAAGGCAAAGUCCAAGUUUGAGAAGUACCAAGGAAAGAGCCAAUUCAAGCAGUAUCCUACAGCUGCUGAUUCUACCUUACCCACUAAGAGAACACAUUCACAAUCGGAGGACCAGAAACCAUUAGUUGAGGAACUUGAGGCACCGAAGAAGAAGAUCAAGCUUGAGCCUGGUGUAUCAUCAGUAGAAGUUAAAUCUGAGCCUGAAGAUGAUGGUUCUUCCAAGAAAAAGAAGAAAAAGAAGAAGAACAAGGGAGGCGAUGAAGAAAUGCCAGUAGAAGAGCAAGUUGCUGAACCUACCAGUGAGAAGAAGAAGAAAAAGAAGAAGAAGAAAUCUGCUGAGGAAGAUGAUUAAUUUUACAAAUUUUUAUGCUGCUGAUAAUGUGUGCCAGGUCUUGGUGCUAUAUUUUCUUUAGUUUCAUUUUCAUUUUGUUCAGUUGUUGUACAUUGAACUUGGGAGGAGUGAUAAGUCUAUUGAGUUGUCAUGAGUUGUCAAUAGUGUGAUAAAAGCAGAAAAUAUUAAUUUUUCUAUUAAUUUGGUAUCAAAUAUUUCCUUUGUUAUGUGGUUGUGCACAUACAUUUGAUGUAUGCUUGUAUCAUUGUUUCAAUCUUUAUUUUGUUUGUGGAAUGGGUGAAAUAGUUUUUCAGUCUUGGACUUGAAUUCUAUUUGUUUGUAAAACUUGACCUGACCUGACCUGUGAAGUUUCCAAAUACAGACUUAAUGCUGUUUGAGA